AUGGCCUCUGUUGGACGUUUUCAGGAUAAAAUUGUCAUAGUAACAGGUGGAUGUAACGGAAUUGGACGUGGAAUUGUUAAAGUGUUUCGGGAGCAUGGCGGAAAGGUUGUCAUCUGGGAUAUUGAUGACGAAACUGGCAAGACGAUGACCAGCGCGGAACAAUUUUCCAUCCAUUGUGAUAUGACUAAAGAAGAUGAUAUAAAGAGUGCGGUGGAGCAGACGUUGACCAAAUAUGGCAGCAUCCACUGUCUGAUAAACAACGCUGGGUGGCAUCCCCCGUUUCACACAAUAGACGAUUACUCAGCAGAUGAAAUGCGCAAACUUAUGGACCUCAAUUUCAUAGCAUAUUUUCUGGCUGCUAAGUAUACGCUUCCUCACUUACGGAAGACAAAAGGUGCCAUCGUCAAUAUUGCAAGCACAGCUAGCACGCACGGCCAACGCCAAGCCACGGCAUACUGUGCAUCAAAGGCUGCUAUAUCUGGGUUUACUCGCGCUCUAGCAUUGGAGGAAGCGUUAAAUAAAGUGAGGGUGAAUGCCGUGAUCCCGGGGGCCACAAACACGCCACUGCUGCACACAUUCGUAACCAAUGCAGACGAUCUAAAGGAAUACGAAGACAUGUCCGCGUUUCGGCGUCUCGGUGAACCGGAAGAGAUAGGUCACGUGUGCUUGUUCCUUGCCACAGACGCCACGUUUGUAAUAGGGCAAGAAAUCCAGUGCACUGGUGGGAUGUGCCUAGGAACCCCUUUCCAAUAUAGGAGUUAGGGGAACGAUAACCCUUGGUGUUGCUUUCCAGUACUGGACAUGCGGGUGUGAUGGCGAAGGGACACUUAAAGCACCGCAAGCCAAUCGCUGUUGAAUAAAUUAUUAACUGUUCACCGAUAUUUGAUAUAUAAUACAUGUGAUAAACGGGAAGCGGUUUUAUAUUUUGCAGCAAGUGGUACUGACUGCCCGGCAUGUCUUCUUAUCACAGGAUGUUCG